AUGGAUCCUUCGACUUCGUCCACGGACUGUUCGCUGGCGGACAAAGCCAGCGAAACUUCAGACACCGAUGAGGUGAACUCUUCGACAGCAAGAGUCUACUUCGGCCCUAUACUCUCUCCAGAGAAGAAGCUCAUUGCACAGAGUACUGCUCAACAGAGAGCAUACAAGUUUGACGCGUUUGUCGCCCCGUUGCGUCGUUCGCCGAGGCUCUCCCGCGCCGCGUCGCCCCGCUUGCAAUCGCCAGAUGCAAAUGCGGGAGAUGACAUCGAGAAUAACCCAAGUGGCCAUCAUGAGGACCCGUUCUUUCAAGAUGAGCCCUCCUCUGUGCUCGCCGGCAGGAUAAUGCGUGCAUUUGACAAUCCUUCACCCCCUCCUCAGCGACGCAUGCAUACUGAUGUCGAGUACACACCAGGGAAAGGCAGACAAUUUCCUUUACUCGACGCGUCCGCACCUCCGAGUCCAUUCCGUGCUGUCAACCUACUAGAGAGAUUGAAUCAGCUAGCGGAGCCCAUGAUGCUUCCGUCACCCUUCCGACCUUCUCCGUUGGUUCUUGAAAGCAAGACAAUACCAGCCCCUGGUGUCUCCGCUGCUCUGCAACCGGACCUAACUUCAUUUAAAUCUUGUUCCGAAUCUACUCUACAGAAUAUUGUGUUAGGUGUGUAUGUUCCGUCUGUCCCAAUUGCAACAGCCCAACCGCCAUUCUCGCCACACUCAGCAAGCACUAUAGAUAUACGAACUGCGCAAGCUGAAUGUAGCACACAGGGUUCUUCACUGACACGGUCUUCGGCACAAGAAGUAUCAUAUAUCACAGAAGAGUUUCCUGGGGUAUCUGGACAGCAGAAGGACUCUGAGGGUGGUACGGUUAGAGCUUGCGCUUCACAGUCUUCGAAUUUCGGACCGCCAUCAUUACCGGUUGCAGGUGAUGCUGGAAUAAUGGAAGCCUUGGACUCAUUGCGUGAAGGCUUUGCCGACGAGGACGAAGUAGUUGCAACAAACGCCAGGAGCAGGGGCAAGCGGAAGCUCGUCGUGGCCAGGAACCAUGACAAGUUGUGCCAAGAUAGAUUAGGAUCCUUGUCUCCCCAGUCCGAGGGUCUACUAACACAACUUCUACCAUCCUCCCGGGAACGACAGGUCCCACCGGUACCCGAGCAGGACCAGGAACCAAUAUCUUCUAACCCAUCCACGCUCCAGCCAACCCUCACUACAUCUCCUGUUGCUGCGCGGUCGACUGUUGCUCACGACACUUCUCUCAAGGCUAGACACUUUCAUGAUAGUGUCCACCGGACUCCUGCAAGGAGGGUGCCCAUACACGAUGCGCUUGUCGAUGCCACUCCUUCCUUACAGAAGACAGCUCGCCUCUUCUCACGUCCCGAUAACCUGUCACACAGUCCCGCAAAACGAGUGCUUGUCGCAGGGUGUCCAGAGUCUCCAAGUCGCCCGACCACUAGGAUAACUCUGCCCCCUAUGCCCACAAUUCUACGGACGCGUAGUGCAUCUGUGGAGCCACAACCGUCCAUUCAUUCGUCUGUUCGAAGCCGCUCUGUUGAACCUUCCCCAGCGCCAACGAGAACUCGUAAAGAACCGACGUUUCCGCACCUUACAACACCAAGAGCUACCCCCACAUUACCCUUCCCCCUUGUACCGGUGGAGAAGGCGGAAGCUGGUUCGACGUAUUCCAUUCCAGAGGAGAAUGAGACAGAGGAAACCACCGUGCCAGACGCCACUAGGAGGAUGCUCCCUGUCAGUCCUGAUAAGUCUCUCCUCAGACAAUGUUCUGUGGGCAGCCGUAUUCCCAGGAUGAAUGCCAAACCUUACGCUCGACCGCAGACGAGUGCUAACCGCCCAAACACUAUUUCUAUCUCUAAACUAGAACUAAAUUCUCCGAUUCCUCCCACGCGCCCCUGCGGUGAAGGUGGACACGGCAGUGCUCAUGACCCAACCGAUCAGAACGUCAAUAGGCUCUCCUCGUCCGUUAGCUCAGCAGCCAAAACUUUAAAGAGAAAGCGUGUUCUGGAAGCGGGGGCAUCCGAACCUAGCUUCCGUUCAGCUAGUGCUCGUCAGGUAACGCCCGGGACAUUCGGUGGCAAGCAUGCUGUGAAGCCUCCAAAUUCAUUCCCGGAGCUUAGUGCACAGGCACCAAGUCCCCAGAAACCUAACACACCGAUCUUGUUUCGCAAAGUUGUCGAUGGUAUGCUCGCAGCACACUACCCACCUACGAAAGCGAGCGUUGAAAGCGGAGAGAAAACGUUACCUGAUUCGAACGCUCCUCGGUUGCCUUCAGAAGCGCAGCAAUCGCGGCCUCCUCUUUCCAUCACAGCAUUGACAAACCCAGGAGAUCGCGAUCCAAAGUCUCUGUUGCCUCAGGCUUCUGCCGUUGCUCUCAAGGAAAAUGACCUCGACUCGCAACCAAGCAAGAGGAAGUCAGACUUGAAGAGAUCAUCUCGCACACGCCAAGCUACUUCGAACGAUGAUGGCGUAUUCAGCAACACCUCCCGGUCUAGUCAGGCUGGUCGCCGACCGCCAAUCCGAGGAGAAGAAAGUGGCUUUAUGGGUAUGAGUGCGACAGCAUUGAGAACACUCACGUCGUCGAAUACAGUGAAGAAUCAGCAAACUGUAGCCAUUUUUGCAACGGAAGUGAUCAGGAAGGAUGGCCUUCGUCCAGAGAGUCCAGCGGUCAAGAUACGGACCAUUCUCCAGAAAGAAAAAGAGGAACAAGACCGGCAGAGAAAGGAACGAGCUCAGAGGAGGGCGCGAAGGAGUGAAGAAGGUAACGACAUGGAGGGACUGAGUGAACACACCACCCACACCCUCGACGGUCACGGGCACGACGAAAAUGUGGACUUGACGCCUACCAGGCGCUUUAGAGCUCCAGGAGAUGAGGAAGAUUAUGGGACGCCCGAGAGAUUGUCACCUAUCAAGAGACCACAGUUUGGGGAGGGAGAUAAGGGCGAGCAGGCAAGGCCGACGAAACAAGUCAAGUGGUGUCGCGGACUGGCCACGACAGUAUAUAUUGAGGACGUUCACCCAAUGCCACGGUUUCAGCAGCAUGACCCCCACGCAAAGGGUUGUUUAGCACCAUCUUCUAAGAACCUUCGCCUAGAUACACUGGGGAACAUCAUGGACAUUGAUAGCCGUCCGCCUCUCCAACUCGUUCAAGACCAUGUUGUUAUCAAAAAGUUUAUGUACGACAACGAUGUCGAAGCGGAACCUGUCCCCAUGAGGACGACUAGAUCGAAGAACAAGAAACCGAAGGGCUGA